GUGAUUGAGGUUGCCUCGUGCUUGUCACUGAUCCUUGUUGACUUUGGCUGGCGGCGACGCACUCGUUGCUCCAACCAGCGAGAGAAAUCAGGUUGUUGUAAUCAUUGAUCGGCAGAAAAUCUCGGCCUGCAAUCGGGCUUAUCCCUGGGAGGGGGCUGGCUCACGGUGUGUGUGCAGUGUGCGGCUGAAAUGAAUUGUUGAUGAUUGGACAUAUCGUCCAGCAGUGCAGCGUGCAUCAGUUCAUCAGUCGAGCCGUCAGACGCUGCGUGUCUCUAGUCUGUUCCGCUGGUAUCAACUUCCUCACACCAUUGGCACCGGAGUUUAAAUGCUGCCAAAACUUUCUUAUCAACGUUUCAUCUCGCAGAUGGUUUCACGAAAAACUCAAUAUUUUCAAAGGAGCCACGUACGUCAGGACACUUCUGGAAUUUUUACGAAUGCAAAUUGACUGGAUGAUUUUUCUGGAGUCGUUUCGGAUGAGUUGAAGUCCGGAGUUUGGGUUAUUUUCCCCCUUUACUUCAGCGAGUGCCGUUGUCAUGGCUUCCGGAGCCAGCAGGGCGGGUAAUCUUGCGCCGACCACCGAGGAAGUCAAUAGUUUCAAGGACAAGCUAGAAGAAAUGUACAAGCCUUCAGCGAGCGUAGCAGGAUAUAGCGCAGCAAACAACGGACAGCCAGCAGAAUCACGUGACAGGGACGUUAUAAUGCAGAGGAUGGCACAGCAGGGCGUGGCCCAGGAGGGCGCGGCCCAACAGGGCGCGGCCUCAUCCCUACACGAUGUUGUGGUAAUGGGUCACUCUGGGCGGGGCCAGGUUGGGGUGUGGUGUGAGCGAUGCAACAGUCGUCUUGUUGAACUCAAGAAGCAAGCUUUACGACUCAUGAUCAUGCAUCCUAGUCUCAUACGACUCGCUAUGAAGGUAAGUCCAAAUUUGUAGUCAUUUUCAUUAGAAGCGUCACAAUUCAAGGAUAUCUUUAUCUUAAGAAAAUUUGACAAGUGGGGUGUGUUCUGUCGAAAGAAGCAUGCA